UGGAGAAUUAAGGAAAUACAAUCAUAUCAAGGGGAAACAACUUCUACACCACUUCAACCACGACGCCAAAAUAGCUAAUUAGGGAAGUUAAUUAGGGAGGUUAAUUACCGAUCACUGAGUCACUGUUUAUUUGUGAAUACGAACAUCAACUGACAUUGACGUAACAGAAGAAACAUCCUCAAUAUUUACCAUUUUUUGAAGACUAAAGCAAAAUAUUAUGCAGAACAGAUGUAUAACAUUGUUUGUAGAAAUCUGUUGUAGAAUUCCUGUGAAACAUUUGCUCUGAAAUAAUACUAUUAGCCAGGACUCGGAACAACACUGACUGGAGUAUCAAGAAGAGGGGCUUCUGUGCUGGUGAAACUUGGAUAAAUUUAUGUAAUUGCUGCUAGAAAAAGGUAACAGUGGACAGAAAUACAGGAACAGGAGUAUUUGUAAGGAAUUAAGUAUAACAAUAAAAGAGGAAAAAUAUUUUAACUGGGAUUUGAGAGGAAAAUAAUGGAAAAGAGUGAGAAACUUCAAGAAUUGGUUACCUCUGAACAAAUUAUAAAAGAAAAGAAAAAUUUGUCUUAUGAAUGUGACAUCUGUAAAAAGGUGUUCUCUAUCAAAGGUAACCUAAUUUCCCACAAAUGUAUUCAUGCAGGAAAGAAACCAUUGCACUGUGAUAUCUGUGGUAAAUCAUUCUCUCAAAGUAGUAACUUGACUGUUCACAAUCGUAUUCAUACGAGAGAGAAACCGUAUAGUUGUGAUAUUUGUGGUAAAUCAUUCUCUCGAAGUUAUGCUUUGAAGGGACAUGAACGUAUUCAUACAGGAGAGAAACCAUUUUACUGUGAGAUCUGUGGUAAAUCAUUUUCUGAUAGUUUCAAUUUAUCUGUACACAAACGUACUCAUACGGGAGAGAAGCCAUAUCGUUGUGAUAUCUGUGGUAAAUCAUUCUCUGUAAGUAGUUCACUAACACAACACAAACGUAUUCAUACAGGGGAGAAGCCAUAUCGAUGUGAUAUUUGUGGUAAAUCAUUCUCUCAGAAUAUUGCCUUAAAAAUACACAUACGUAUUCAUACAGGGGAGAAGCCAUAUCGUUGUGAUAUCUGUGGUAAAUCAUUUUCUGGAAGUAAUAACUUAACAAAACACAAACAUACUCAUACAGGGGUGAAAGGAAAAGGGUAGUCCCUAUAGUUUCCUGUUUGCUAUAUUUGUUUAAUAUUCCUGCGUUUUAUGCAAUGGAAAUUAUGAUUAAAAUAUUUCCCA